AUGUCCGCGCGGCGGCCGAUGAGGGGCCAGCACGGGACGGCCACGGCGACGGUGACGCCGCGGGUCCUCAACCUGUCGAGGCGGUCGUCGGCGGGCGGGAGGCCGACCCGGGGCGCGGGCCGCGCGCAGCAGCCGCGGCCGGCGCCGACGAAGCCGGUGGUCAACCUCGGCGCGCUGUUCGAGAUGGAGCGGCGCGUGCGCGGGCUGGAAUCGGCGCCAGCCUCGCCGCCGCCGCGGCCGUGCUCUCGUCCCGCGCGGCCGCCGCCGCAGCAGGAGGAGGAGGAGGACGGCGGGGAGCGGGAGGAGAAGUGGCGGUUCCAGGCGGAGAUCCUCCGCGCCGAGUGCAACUUCCUCCGGAUGGAGCGCGAGGUGGCGCUCCGCAAGCUCGACUGCCACCGCGGCCAGAUGGAGGCCGCGCUCAAGACCGCCGUCGAGACGCUCGCAUCGGGGCGGAAGAAGAUCGACGGGCGGGGCGAGGCCGGCGUGGCGGCGGCGCUGGACGAGGGGAUCGAGGACCUGGAGGGGAUGAUGGAGGAGCUCCGGGUGGAGAAGGAGAGCGGGCGGAGGGCGAUGAGCGGCGCCGGCGCAAGGGAGCUGCGGCGGAGCCAUGGCCGGAACUUCGACCGCCAGGCGUCCGAGCUCCGUCGGCGCCUCGAGAAGAUGCCGUCGGCCGACGCCGAGCACGCUGUCUGCAAGGACAUAUGCGAGAUCGCGCACCCCGUCGCCCCAACGCCGCCUCGGCCAGCCGAGCACAGCAGCCGCGACGACCACGGCCCCAGUGCCAAUCUCUCUGACGUGGAGAUGCUGCGGGUGAAGAUGGAGGGGAUGUCGAACGGCAUGCGCGAGAGGAUGGCGGAGUACAGCCGGCGGCUGGAGGCCGUCGCAGGCGCCGGCAGCGACAGCAACACUCGCUGCCAGUCGAGGAAAUGCGGCGGCCGGCACAGCCGAAAGCCGAGCGCGUGCAGCCAGAGGAGCUGGAGCGGGAGCAGCAGCGCGAGCAACAACGGCAACGCGGCGGCGGCGUUCCGGCACAACGGCCCCAGCGUGGCCUCCGAGAAGCAUCAGCAGCAGCAGCAAAAGGUUGUGGCUGAAGACUGCAAGCUGAUGGGCUCUGGAAGCUGCUGCGACUGCAAGGAGAUUGUGGGGAGGAUAAUGAAGCAAGUGAGAGCGGAAUCUGAGCAAUGGACUGAGAUGCAGGAGAUGCUGGAGCAGGUCAGGCUGGAGAUGCAGGAGCUGCAGUCUUCCAGGGAUACGUGGCAGCGCCGUGCCAUUGCUUCUGACAUCAGUCUUGGUUCCUUGAACUCUCAAAUGCUGGAGUGGAAACAACGCGCGCAAGCAUCGGAACAGCACGCAGAAGAUCUCCAGAAGAAGGUCACAGAGCUCCAAGGCAAGCUACACACCUUCAAAUCCCAUUUCCCAGCCCCAAGCCUGCCCAGCCGAGCAUGGUCUGAAGCUUGCAAGAUGGAGAACCCACGAGCAGCCAAGGCACAGCACCACCACAGGUCACCACAGGAUUGUGGCAAGGAGAAGGAGAAGCACGUCCUGAUCUGCCGCGUGAAGCACUCGCCAAGCGUGAUCCCCAGGCGCUCGCCGCUGAAGGAGAUCGGCAACAUCAGCCUGCCGCGGCAGUGGCAGCGGUGAGUACUGACCGUGACGAGCGUACAUGGGGAUCGAUGAUCUGCUACGACAAAGGUUUCGGGCAGGAGUUGGAAGAGAGAAUUCUAUCACUUUAGUUUUAGCCUAUAAUAAAGUAAUUUACCACUAAUUUUGUAAUAACCAGGACUGACUUCUCGUCGGUCAGGUCUGUAGUGAGUAGCUGGGGCGGAGUUACUUUGCGUACUAGUACAGUGUUGAGGAAUAGGCGCGAUCGAGGUGUAUGUAAGGCAAAUGCCUCU